GAUUAAAAUAAUUUGUUAUUCUCCCUAAAUAUAAUAUUUCUUAAGAAGUUUGGUUUUGACCCUGAACAUUCUUUUCUUCUUCUUCUUCGUAAUCCUGCGCAAUUCUCGACCUCGAAAACAAUUGAGAGAAAGAAGGAGAAAAGAGAGAGGAGCCGAUUCUCUAACUUUACUGGUUUCGAGAAGGAACGUGAUGGGAGAGGCUGUGGGUUCAAGCGGUUCAGCAGCCGCCAUUGGCUCCUCCAACGUUGGCUUCCAGCUAUUAAAGAAGCACGGGUGGAAAGAAGGCACCGGUCUGGGUAUUUCUGAACAGGGCAGAUUGGAGCCUGUACAAGCAUAUGUGAAGAACAAUAAAAGAGGUCUGGGAGCAGAGAAGAAGAGAAAGACACCAAAGCCUAUCGAUCAUCCUGAUUCUGAGGGAAAAAAUCAUGAGGAACAGGUACCUUUAAAGAAGACCAAGGCACUUUCCAAGAGGAUGCGGAAGAUGCAAGCACGAGAGAAGCAUCUGCAAGAAAGGGAAUUUGAGCGGGCUUUCUUUAGGGAGUUUUGGCCGGAUAACGUGUGACUUGUUAUUCCAUUUUUCUCUUCUUUGAAAGGCUAUUUGAAUCUAUUUACUCUAG